UUCUUUUUUAAGUGUUGUUUCUAAAAUACAUUUUUAUGGAUCGGUCGAAGGGUCUUUGGUUGUAAAUCUAAAGUGAUACGAGAAGAACAUCACAACGUGGCCUGUUUUUAUUUUGUGGUGGCGAAUUUCCCGGAUACGGUUCUUAUCUACCCCUCCUAGCCAAUCCUUCUCUCUUUCUCUCUCAUUUUAUUGCCUCUUUCUCCAUCUUCGUCUCAUUCCCGCAAAUGAACGAAUAAGGAUGAAGCUUUGAUUUUUGUAUAUCUAAACAAAAUAACCAUCGCAUCGCUUACGGGGUGGAGUUGUCCUUUAGAGGAACGUUCAAACGCCUUGGGUCUCUUUCCUUUUUUGUACUCUGGUGACACUGUUGCGAAACCGCUUCGUUUUCGUCGUUUAUUAGAACGCCCCCCGUUGAGUUAACAGCAAACAGUGUGAAAAAGAAUAGGAGGGAAUCAGACUGCUUACAAAACAUUGUGCCACAUCGACCCUAUAAGUGUUAUAGAACAUCAGAAGAAGAGUAAACAUAUAGUGCCAAGAACACAGCACUUCAUCUAACCUGCUGCGGCUAACAGUCCAAUCCUAUAAAUCGAAAUAUGGCGGAGAAAGGAAGAAGGACAUUGGAAGGCACCGCUGAUUGAACAACCAAAGGAGACAACUUCUAUUGACAGUAUUAUGUUUCAAUUUUAUUCGGUUUUAUUUGACAACAUGUAUAGAGGCAAACAAUUUUCCAUGCAUAACAUCGGUAAAAUGCUUAAAUUUAUUUCUGAUACUGAUCUUUCGUAGAGGGAAUAAGAGAACCAGUGCGUGAAGGGCAUGACUGCAAGCUUUUCCGCAUUUGCACUGGAAAGAAAAACGACCUUCCCCAAUAUUUGUACGUUCCCCACUUUCAAAAGAAAGAGAACAAGAGAGAAAUUUAUAAGGGGUACUACAACUGCGAUGUUCCAAUUGCCAUCGUAAGGAUUAACCCCAGCAGUCAUAGCGGCCCGACCAAAAAAGAAAUUGGGCGAGAGCUUCAAAUAUUGAAAGAACUGGAGGUCCACGAAAAUUUUAUUCGCUAUUUUACUCACGAGAUGAACAAUGACUUAUUGUACCUUGCAACAGAACUCUGUCUGUGUUCCGUGGAAGAUCUUUUAGAUCCAGCUCUCGAAAAGAAAAUUUUGAUGAAAAAAGAAAUUCUGGAUGAGUUGCAAGCGAAAGAAAUCCUGCGCCAGGCAACAAGAGGGCUCAAUUACUUACACCAGAACAACUUUAUCCACCGCAACAUCAAGCCCAAUAACUUUCUAAUUCAGGAUGUCAAUAAGACAGGCGGCAGCUCUUGCCGAUUUGUGGUUAAAAUAACUGACUUUCGUCUGACCAGGAAACGUGAUCCUUCUACAAAAGAAUUUCUAUCAGGAUCUGCUGCAUCACAAGGAUGGGAGGCACCGGAAAGCAGAAACCAGGAAAAGGAGCUCAGUACAAAAUUGGAUGUCUUUAUUCUCGGUUGUUUCUAUCACUAUGUCCUAAUUGCGCUGUCGAAGAAUGGAGACAACAACGGAAAGUCCAGACAUCCAUUUGGCGACAAUGAAGCUCAGCGUGUGCCAAACAUUCAGAAUUUAAAUUAUUCUGUCUAUAAGGACAAACCUCCAUUCAAUCCCGAAAAUAAGGACGAGGAAGAGGUGACAAAGCUUAUAAAGCUGAUGUUGAAGUUCAAAGAAGACGAACGCCCAACAUUACAAAAAGUUCUAGACAGUUCCUAUUACAAUCCUGCUGAAGAUUACAAGUUAUACGAGGAUUAUCAGUCACCUGGUCUUUGUGUUAUCUUUAAUCAGCAGGUUUUUCGUUUUGAAAAAAAAGAACCGUGAAGGGAGCGACAAGGACCGAGAUGCGUUAAGUGAUACGUUUAAAAAACUGGGUUUCAACAUUAAAGUUUACGAAAAUCUAGAAUCGUUUGAUUUGAAAUCUGAAAUCAACGCUCUAG